AUGAUGCCUGGGACACCGGCAACACCAUUGUCUAAAAUCCGAAGGAACCUUUAUUCCACUCCGGGUGGUUCAAAAGUUCAUGAGGAGAAAAUUUUAGUCACUGUUCGUUUGAGGCCGCUUAACCGGAGAGAGCAAGCAAUGUACGAUCUUAUCUCUUGGGACUGCCUGGAUGAGCACACUAUUGUUUUCAAGAAUCCAAAUCAUGAGCGGCCUGCAAACCCAUACACCUUUGAUAAGGUUUUUGGCCCGAUGUGCUCAACUCAGAAGGUCUAUGAAGAAGGAGCCAAGGAUGUUGCUUUAUCUGCACUUACAGGAAUGAAUGCCACAAUUUUUGCAUAUGGGCAGACUAGUAGUGGUAAGACAUUUACCAUGAGAGGAAUAACUGAACAUGCCGUGAAAGACAUCUUUGAACACAUCAAGAAUACGCCAGAGAGGGACUUUGUUUUGAAAUUUUCUGCUUUGGAGAUCUACAAUGAAACUGUUGUUGACCUUCUGAAACGCAAAUCUACUUCACUGCGGCUUUUGGAUGACGCUGAGAAAGGGACCAUUGUGGACAAAACACAUGAACAAAUUGUUCAGGAUGGCCAACAUUUAAGGCAAUUAAUUGAAACAUGUGAAGCUCAAAGGCAAGUGGGAGAAACUGCCCUAAAUGAUAAAAGCUCAAGAUCGCACCAGAUAAUCAGGCUGACCAUCGAAAGCAGCCUCCGGGAGAGUUCAGGGUCUGUGAAGUCAUUUGGAGCCAGUUUGAAUCUUGUGGACCUUGCUGGAAGUGAACGUGCCUCCCAAACAAAUGCAGAUGGUACAAGAUUGAAGGAAGGCAGUCACAUUAACCGUAGCUUGUUGACACUCACAACCGUCAUCAGGAAGCUAAGAUGUGGUCACAUACCAUACAGGGAUUCAAAACUUACACGAAUACUGCAGUCUUCACUUGGGGGAAAUGCUCGGACAGCCAUUAUAUGCACCAUAAGCCCAGCCUUAAGUCAUGUAGAGCAAACAAGGAACACGCUCUCAUUUGCAACUAGUGCCAAGGAAGUCACUAAUACUGCGAAAAUAAACAUGAAGGAAAUAGCCAGACUUGAAGCAGAGCAACGAAGUCCAGGGCCUUCCUAUUUUAUGUCUAUACUAGAAGAAAAGGACUUGAAAAUCAAACAGAUGGAGAGGGAAAUGGAAGAGCUAAAGCGAGAAAGAGACCUUGCACAGUCACAACUUGAAUCAGAACGCAAAGUAAAGAAAGUGCAGAAGGAAUCGAACCAAUUUGGGCCCUCUGCUCAAGUCGCCAGGUGUCUUUCUUUUCCUGGAGAGAAUGAAACAGUUCCUAUUCAUAGUAGCAAUACUCCACAGUCUCAGACCAGAGCUCCAGUUCAAAGGAAGGCAAUGGUGAGGAGAUCAGUUACUUCUACAGACCCAUCCAUGCUUGUGCAUGAAAUCCGAAAGCUCGAUGAACGACAGAGGCAGCUUGGUGAUGAGGCAAAUCGAGCACUUGAAGUACUGCAUAAGGAGGUAGCUUCCCAUCAGCUGGGAAAUAAAGAAACUGCUGAAACUAUAGCAAAGCUGCUGUCCGAAAUAAAGGACAUACAAGCUGUUAGAUCCAUUGCUGACGAAUCUGUGACUGGAGAUGGGGCCAACCUGAAAGAUGAAAUCAUUCGAUGGAAAUCUCAGGCAAAAGAUAUUCAAUCUUUAGAAAGGAAGCUUGAGAAUGUUCAGAAAUCUAUAGACCAGCUGGUGUUUUCUUUUACAAAUAGUGAGGAAAUUUCAGAAUGCAAGACUCCAUCAAAAAAGAAAAAGAUCCUUCCUUUCAACUUGAGCAAUAGUGCAAACAUGCAGCAUCUGAUUCGCUCCCCUUGCUCAACCCUGACCCCUUCUCGUAAAGUGAUGGAAUAUGAGACUGAGAACAAGGUGCCUGAGAACAACGAUGCUAUGCCUAUUGAUGACACAGUGGUUGGGAGAUGUAAAGUUACUCCACCAAAGAGCGAUAAGUCAUCCAAAGAGGGAAGUCCUGCUGUGCAGCAUUCAAACACAGUUAAUGUGAAGAAAAUGCAGAGGUUGUUCAAGAAUGCUGCUGAGGAGAAUAUACGGAGCAUUAAAGCUUAUGUUACUGAGUUAAAAGAACGGGUGACGAAGCUUUCAUACCAAAAGCACCUUCUGCUGUGCCAGGUUAUUGCAUUGGAGGAAGAUCAAGAAGCUGGAGUUGAUGAGCCAGAUAAAAUUGACGAAUCUCUUCCUGAGACAUGGCAGCUGACUUUUGAGGAGGAGAGGAAGGAAAUUGUCAUGCUGUGGCAUUUGUGCCAUGUUUCAAUUAUACACCGCACACAAUUUUAUAUGUUAUUCAAGGGAGACCCUACUGAUCAGAUUUACAUGGAAGUGGAACUUCGAAGAUUGCAAUGGCUGGAGAGACACUUCUCGGAUCUUGGCAAUGCAAGUCCGGCACUUUUAGGCGAUGAACCUGCAGGCUCAGUCUCAGCUAGCAUCAAGGCUCUAAAGCAAGAAAGAGAAUAUUUAGCUAAGAGGGUGAGUUCUAAACUGACAGCAGAUGAAAGAGAAAUGCUAUAUGUGAAAUGGGAGAUUCCACCAGGAGGAAAACAGAGGAGGCUGCAACUGGUGAACAAAUUGUGGACAGAUCCUCAUAACAUGCAACAUGUACAUGAAAGUGCUGAAAUUGUUGCCAAGCUGGUGGGCUUCUGUGAAUCUGGUGAACAUGUUAGCAAGGAGAUGUUUGAACUCAAUUUUGCACACCCUUCUGAUAAGAAGACAUGGAUGGGCUGGAACUUGAUAUCAAAUCUCUUGAAUCUGUAA